UUGGCUCCGCGGGUUCUCUCCCGUUAGGCGCACUUGCGGGAGGGCGGUUGGAAGCCUUGGCCGCCCCGCGUAGGCAUGGCGGAGAGCGGCGACGGGCGCUCCUCCUCCAGCCCGCUCUCCGAGCCCGAAUUUGAGCCCAGGCCUCGGCCGCCGCCCGGGCCGUUGCCGCCGCUCCCGCGCUUGGAGAAGCCGCUGCGCCAGGCCUUCUACAACACGGGCGCCCUGGUGCUGGCGGGGCUGUGCUGCGGGGCGGCCGUGCUGGUCUACUUCAUCCUGGAGGCCUUCCUGCGGCCCCUGCUGUGGGCCGUGCUGUGCGGCACCUUCCUGCACCCCUUCAAGAGCUCCCUCACGUCGCUGGGCCGGGGCUGGCUGCGGCACCUCCGCCGCUCCCGCACGCCGGUCCUCUUCGCCGCCUUCUUGCUGCCGCUCUGUUUUGUCAACACCGCGGCCGAGGCGCUGGGCCGGCAGGUGGUCCUGCGCCGGCGCCUCCUCCUCCUCCUGGGCGCCGGAGGGCCCUCCUUGUACGGGGUCUACGCCGUGGGCACCUCCCUGGGCGUCCAGGUCGCGUUGGCCCAGGUCGCCCGCCUCAUCUGCCAGGGGCUGGAGUACUUCAGCAGCCUUUGGAUAUGGACCUUGAUAGCAGGCUAUCUCUUAACUGUAUUAUUCAAGUGGAAUCCAAGCACUGAACAUUAUUUGAGAAUAAUCUCUGUUCCUGUCUGGAUUAUACUGCUUUUCCAUUUGGCAUCUGCAGCGGGAUCUUGGAGAAUUCCAGUAUUUUUGGUUAUAGUUGUCUUAAUGACUGUCGGUAUGUUGUAUGAGCAACCAAGUGGCAAUGAGUCUUCAGGAGCAGAAUUUCCUGGGCAGAUGGUUUCCAUUGCAGUGUCUACAGUCGCAGUGGCACUGUCAUUUACAGGGUAUGAACCAAGCAUUGAAGAACAACCAUCAGAACCCUCAGGACCUGUAGAAAGUGACAACCCUUCUUCAUCAUCCUCAUCCACUCCAAGUGGCAGACAGAAACUUGUGAUUGGAACACUUCUUAAAAAGAAGAAAACCAGUGACAUCUACUUUAUCCUGCUUGGAUGGGCCAUUGUAAUAGUGCAGAUCUGGUCAAAUCUCUGGAUAAUUCAGCUGCUGCCAAUACCAAUUGCAGUGUGGGUUGUCAAAAAAAUUGUGGUCCAUUUUGGAGUAAUUACAUUCUUGGUGACUCACUGCAGCGGUUGGUGGCAUGUCCUGGAGGACUUCGUGAGAGAGCGUCAGGAAGCUCUUGCCCCAAGGCCAAUCAAGGGGCUUGGAAGAGUCAUCCUAAAACUUGACAGUAAGCUGUGGCAUUGGCUUAAUAAGAAGAUGAUUGUGUGGUUGGAGAAAAUGCUUGAUAAAAUCAUUAGCAUAUUCAUUAUAUUUGUGCUGGUGAUAGGCACGCUCCUGCUAGCUCUGCUCCUCACAGCUAAGGUGCACCAUGAAAGUGUACAUAUGAUUGAAGUCACAAGCAGCUUGAUCAAUGAAACAGUAGCCAAUCAUCCAGAAUGGGCCAACUGGCUUCCUGAAGCUCAGGUUAUUCAGAAGGCUCUGAAUUCUGCUGCUAAUAAUGUCUAUCAAUACGGUCGAGAAUGGAUAACACAUAAGCUCCAUAAAAUAUUAGGAGAAAAAGUGAACAACACCGCCGUGAUUGAAAAACAAGUUCUGGAGCUCUGGGACAGACUAUACCAUACUUGGUUUGUGAAAAAUGUUACUCACUCAGGAAGACACAAAGGGCAUAAAUCACAUCUAAAUCGUCAGAACAGUUGGCCAGGUGAUAUGCUUGAUUGGCAAGAUGUUGCCUCCUUCGUUCAUGAGAACAUCGAAACAUUUCUUUCGAUCCUGGAAUCCCUCUGGAUAUUGAUGAGUCACAAUAUGAGUCUUCUUUUCACCACAGUUACAACUUUAAUGACAAUAGUCUUCUACAGUGGUACUGCUUUGCUCAAUUUUGUUCUUUCAAUGGUGAUUUUCCUGACCACAUUGUUCUACCUUUUAAGUUCUAGUGAUGAAUACUACAAGCCAGUCAAGUGGGUGAUCAACUUAACUCCUUUGUCACAACCUGGCCCUUCCUCAAAUAUAGUCAGCCAGUCUGUGGAGGAGGCCAUAAGAGGUGUAUUUGAUGCAUCACUCAAAAUGGCUGGGUUCUAUGGACUGUACACCUGGCUGACCCAUACAGUCUUUGGAAUUAACAUUGUCUUCAUACCUUCAGCACUGGCUGCAAUACUUGGUGUUGUUCCAUUUCUGGGAACGUACUGGGCAGCCAUACCUGCAGUUCUGGAUCUUUGGCUUGUACAAGGAGAAGGAUGUAAAGCUGUGCUCCUCUUGGUUUGCCACUUGUUGCCAACAUAUUUUGUAGACACAGCAAUCUAUUCAGAUAUAUCUGGAGGAGGCCAUCCAUAUCUGACAGGCCUUGCAGUAGCUGGUGGAGCAUAUUACCUGGGUGUAGAAGGAGCCAUCAUAGGACCCAUACUCCUGUGUAUACUUGUGGUUGCUUCUAAUAUCUACAGUGCGAUGCUUGUGAGUCCAACAACCUCAUUGCCCACACCAUCACAAAUGCCUUGGCCUUUGCAGAUAUAUCGGCCUUCUAGAGAAAGUCCUGAAGAACUGAAAAUUGCUACAGAAUGAAAUACACAAGAUUUAAUCUGUUCUGGGGAAGGAACUCAUAUUUCUUUUGUGAGCAUGAAGCUCAGGAGAGCAGUGGCCUUUGAUCCUUUCUCCAGCUGUGCCUAAGGACAGCCUUCACUGAUGCACUGAAUCUUCUUUUAGGAGCAUACUUGUUGAUGCCAUAGUUUAUUAUUUGUGAUGCCUUUGCAAGUGGACCUAUUGUUUGCUUAUUGCACAAACCUCUGAUGUGGGGGGUUCUUAAUUUGCAAAACAUUCCCCCAAAAACACACGCCAAAUUUGAGUCAUGUUUUGUUUAUCUGAAUCUUGGUUGUAGCCUGCUGAAAUCAUUAUUUAUAUUUUUGGAUGUGUAAAUAAUUAGAUUUUAGAAGAUAAAAUUCCAUAGCUUUUUCUCUUAGAAUAUUCUCUUUAAGUUGUAUUCAGGCAUUAUUAAUUUAAAGGAAAUAAACAUAGAGUGAGGGGGAGUGUGCUCACCCUAUGUUUAUUCUGUUCACAUUAGCAAUGCCUGAACAUGACUAAUGUCUGAAGGACAUCCAUAUUUGUAUACAUAUAUUUGUAGACAUUUAAGUCUAGCACCUGCUUAAAGCUGAAUAUAAUUUCAUGCUGCUCUUUAUUGAUUGUCACAAUGCAAUUUUAUCAUAAUCUUUCAAAUCAAUGACACCAUUACUAUGUCAAGAACACAUGCACAGAAUUUGUCAGGAUGCAUUAUUAGUAAUGGCUUCAUAACAGACAUAUAGAAAUAUAUCCUUUAUAGUUUAGGGAGGACUUUUAAAAUGACUUUGUAACUUAUUCUUUUCAUCAAAACUCAGUUUUCAAAAUUGCUAUAGUGACAUUUAUGUGAAACCUCAUUGCCCCCAAGUCAAAAUGGUGUAUUCAGAAUACAGUUAGCAGAUUUGCCAAGUUUUUCAAUAAUUUCCAGAAAAUGUAGCAUAACAGUGCAUGAUUGUAGGUGGAGAGUUUAUGAAUUAUAAGACUUGAAAUACAUGCAACUGUCAGAUUUAGCAGUACUUUAUUGCAACUUUGAAAAUCUUCAUUUGUGACAAGCAGUCCAUUGUUUCACCUUAGUAGCUUACAAUGUAAAUAAAUAAUUUUAAUGACAGAACAAGAUUUUUCAGCCUUGUCUUUUAAUCAGACCUUGACUAUAUUGUGUUCAUCCAUUCAACAAAAAGGAUUGAAUAUUUUCUUCAGAUUGCAGUGCCUUGAGGUAGUUGU